CCGCCUGUGCGCGCCAAAACAAAUGCCAUCACUGUCAAAUGCUAAAUCAACAAUCCAUUGCAGUGCAAAGAAUUGUUCGCGUGUUUAGUAUAUUGUUUAAAAAAGAAUUAAAAUAAGCAGGUAUUUAAACAAAUAAUCCGCAAAUUAAACUGCAGUCAUGGAUGUAGCUGAUGCACAAAUUGGACAAUUACGUGUAAAAGAUGAAGUUGGCCUACGUUGUCAGAAAUUGUUUCAGGAUUUUUUGGAAGAAUUCAAGGAAGAUGGUGAAAUUAAGUAUGUUAAACCCGCCGCAGAUUUGGAAUCGCCAGAUCGCUACACAUUAGAAGUGUCUUUUGAUGAUGUGGAAAAGUAUAAUCAAAAUUUAGCGACUACAAUUAUUGAAGAAUACUAUCGCAUUUAUCCUUUUCUCUGCCAAUCGGUUUCCAAUUUCGUUAAAGAUCGCUGCGGUCUGAAAAACGAAAAGGAAUGUUACAUUUCAUUCACAGAUGUGCCUACACGCCACAAAGUACGAGAUUUGACUACCUCUAAAAUCGGCACUUUGAUUCGUAUUUCCGGUCAAGUUGUACGUACACAUCCAGUGCAUCCGGAACUUGUAACCGGUACAUUUAUGUGUAUGGACUGUCAAACUGAAAUUCGCAAUGUAGAACAACAGUUUAAGUUCACCAAUCCCACCAUUUGUCGUAAUCCUGUUUGCAGUAAUCGACGUCGAUUCAUGCUGGAUGUGGAAAAGUCACUUUUUGUUGAUUUUCAAAAAAUACGUAUACAAGAAACGCAGGCUGAAUUGCCACGCGGUUGUAUACCGCGUUCGGUAGAAAUUAUUUUACGUUCAGAAUUAGUGGAAACCGUGCAAGCCGGUGAUCGUUAUGAUUUCACAGGCACAUUGAUUGUUGUGCCCGAUGUAGGUGUGUUGAAUAUGCCUGGUGCAAAAGCAGAUAUGGGUUCGAGACAUAAGCCAGGCGAUGGUCCAGAAGGUGUUUCAGGCCUAAAGGAAUUGGGCACACGUGAACUCAACUAUCGCAUGUCAUUCCUAGCCUGCAGUGUGCAAACCACUACAGCACGUUUUGGUGGCACGGACCUGCCCAUGUCGGAAGUCACUGCAGAAGAUAUGAAGAAGCAAAUGACGGAUGCCGAAUGGAAUAAAGUGUACGAGAUGUCGAAAGAUCGCAAUUUGUAUAACAAUCUUAUCACCAGUCUGUUUCCUUCAAUCUACGGUAAUGACGAAGUGAAGCGAGGUGUUUUGCUGCAACUAUUCAGUGGCGUUGGAAAAACUACACAUGAAAAAACGACCUUGCGUGGUGAUAUCAAUGUUUGCAUCGUUGGCGAUCCUAGUACAGCAAAAUCACAAUUUUUGCGACAAGUAGCAGAUUUCUCGCCACGCGCUGUGUACACUUCAGGCAAGGCUUCCUCAGCUGCUGGUCUUACCGCAGCUGUGGUUCGUGAUGAGGAAAGUUUCGAUUUUGUAAUCGAAGCUGGUGCGCUUAUGUUGGCCGACAACGGUAUUUGUUGUAUUGAUGAAUUUGAUAAAAUGGAUCCACGCGAUCAAGUGGCUAUACACGAGGCCAUGGAACAGCAGACAAUUUCACUGGCUAAAGCUGGUGUGCGUGCAACUUUAAAUGCCCGCACUUCAAUUCUAGCGGCUGCAAAUCCUAUUAACGGCCGUUAUGAUCGUACAAAGAGUUUGCAACAAAAUAUCCAACUAUCAGCGCCCAUUAUGUCUCGCUUCGAUUUAUUCUUCAUACUUGUUGAUGAAUGUAAUGAGGUGGUGGACUAUGCUAUUGCACGGAAAAUAGUUGAUUUACACUCGCACAUGGAGGAAUCCGUUGAAUGUGCGUAUACACGCGAAGAAGUUCUGCGCUAUAUAACUUUUGCACGCCAAUUUAAGCCAAUUAUUGGACAGGAUGCUAUGAAACUACUCGUUGAGAACUAUGGACAUUUGCGUCAACGCGAUACAGGUGUUGCAGGCCGUAGUACUUGGCGUAUCACAGUACGUCAGCUGGAGUCAAUGAUACGGCUGAGUGAAGCUAUGGCCAAACUGGAGUGUAUGAACGAAGUUCAGGAGCGACACGUUAAAGAAGCCUACCGGCUACUCAACAAAUCAAUCAUACGUGUUGAACAACCUGACAUCCACCUGGACGAUGAUGAGGGCAAUGAAGACGCCUAUGUGGGCGAUGUGGAAAUGGAAAAUGUCGGCGGUGUUGCCAAUGGCGCUACCAAUACAAUUGCAACUGAAGGCGCAAUAGCUGAAGAUAAUGUAGGCAUUGAUACAUCUGCUGUCGGUCUGCAAAAGAAAAAGCUUACGUUGUCCUUUGAAGAUUACAAAAAUCUAUCCACUAUGUUGGUGUUACAUAUGCGAAAUGAGGAAGCCCGCUGUGAGUCGGAGGGCACCGACUCCGGUAUGAAACGUAGUGAUGUGGUUACGUGGUAUUUGGAACAAGUUGCCGAUCAAAUUGAGUCCGAAGAAGAGCUUAUCUCACGCAAACAUUUAAUUGAAAAGGUUAUCGAUCGCUUAAUUUACCAUGAUCAAGUGAUCAUACCAUUAAAAACAACCGAAUUGCGACAACACGGCAAAAGCCCAAGGCGCCCUGAAGAUGAAACAGAAGAGCCCGACGAUCCACUAUUGGUCGUUCAUCCAAAUUACAUAGUUGAGUAAAUAAGCAAGACAGCGGAUUUCUAUUUACAAAUUUCGCAAAAAUUCAUUUUCCAUAUCGCAAAUUUAAUGUAAAAUAGAUUUAGGUUUUGUGUAUGCAUUUUAUUUUAUUAUCGAACUAUUAUAGCAUAUUGUCACUGUUCACUGUUGAGUACAAAUAAAAAGAACGUUUCUAAA